AUGCGAGUGCCGACCAGCUUUAUUUUUCUUAGCAUUUUUAUCGUAUCGUGUUGUAUGAGCAGUGUCCAAUGUGAGAAAAAAAAGCAGAGCGAGGAGGAAGUUAAAUCUCAAAAAUUUCCGCCCUGCGCAGCGUGUAAGAUAUUUACCAAUAGUUUCAAAAAGGGUUUAGAAAAGACGAGUCGUGGAAAGUUUGAAGGUGGAGAUAGUGCUUGGGAAGAAGAUAAAUUAGGUUCAUAUUCAAGAAGUGAAAUACGAUUGAUUGAAAUACAAGAAAACUUGUGUAAAGAUGUUGAACAUGGUGAAACACAGUGUCAUUCAUUAGCCGAAGAAUUAGAGAGUCAAAUAGAAGAAUGGUGGUUUAAAUAUCAAGAUAUACAUCCAGAUAUAUAUGAUUAUAUUUGUAUCAAAAAGACAGAACGUUGUUGUCCGAAAGAUCAUUAUGGUCCAAACUGUACACAGUGCCCAGGAUAUCCAGAUAAAAUUUGCAGUAAUAAUGGCAGAUGUAAAGGGGCUGGCACAAGAAAAGGAAAUGGUGGCUGCUUCUGUGACAAAGGCUAUAUUGGAGAUAUCUGUUCAGAAUGUGCUCCAGAAUAUUAUGAAUCUUAUAAAGAUGAAAAAACUUUAUUGUGUUCUGCAUGCCAUGCAGCAUGUGAUGGUUCUUGUAAAGGAGCUGGACCAAAAGACUGUGAGAAAUGUGCUACUGGAUGGUAUAUGAUUGAAGAUAAAGGCUGUUUUGAUAUUGAUGAAUGUUUAAGAAGUAAUAAUUGUCCUGAUAAUCAAUUUUGUGUUAAUAAAGAAGGAAGUUAUGCUUGUUUGGCUUGUGAUAAAGCUUGUAAUGGUUGUACUGGCGAUGGUCCAGACAUGUGUAUCAAAUGUGCUGAAGGUUAUUAUAAAAAGGAUAAUUUGUGUAUAAAUUCAGAUCUUCUUGGUCGUAAGAAACAGGAAAAUUUGGCACGAUAUCUAACAUAUUUCGGACUCUGUGUAGCAACAUGUAUUAUUUUGCAACGCAAUGUUUAUGCAGCGAGUUUUAUCGGUUUGUUAGUCGCAAUAUAUAUAUCCGUCUCAGAAUACAUGAUUGCACAUAGUAAUGUUCAAGAUACGACGGCAAAUAUGGAUAUUCUAGGACCAGCUUAAAUAGAAUAGAGAUUUAAAGAAACUCUUUGUAAAAUCAUUACAAUGUGUGUAUUAAAAUAAGAAGACAUUUCUCAUAUAUAAAAUAGAUCAUGUUAAAAUUAAU